CGGCGGCGCCCCCUCAAUGAGAGCCGGGGCGCGGCGGGGCCGGGGGGCGCAGCCGAGACGGGAGCCGGGCUGGAGCCGCCGCGCGGAGCCGGGCCUUAGCCCCCAGAUAUAAUUGGUUGCCCGGUACUUCGUCUGUGGCAAGCAGGACAAUGGCUGCCAGCAAGAGCAAGAACCAGAGUUCCUUGGCCCUCCAUAAAGUAAUUAUGGUUGGCAGUGGAGGUGUGGGCAAAUCUGCACUCACACUUCAGUUUAUGUAUGAUGAGUUUGUAGAAGACUAUGAACCUACCAAGGCUGACAGCUACAGAAAGAAAGUAGUUCUGGAUGGUGAAGAAGUUCAGAUAGACAUUCUGGACACAGCAGGACAGGAGGAUUAUGCAGCUAUCAGAGAUAACUAUUUCCGCAGUGGGGAAGGGUUUCUUCUUGUCUUUUCAAUAACAGAGCAUGAAUCCUUCACAGCAACAGCGGAGUUUCGGGAACAGAUCCUGCGUGUGAAGGCUGAAGAGGAUAAAAUCCCUUUACUGGUAGUGGGAAACAAAUCUGACCUGGAGGAGCGCAGACAAGUGCCUGUAGAAGAGGCUCGAAGUAAGGCAGAAGAAUGGGGGGUGCAGUACGUAGAAACCUCUGCCAAAACUAGAGCGAAUGUAGAUAAGGUGUUCUUUGAUUUAAUGAGAGAAAUAAGAGCAAAGAAAAUGUCAGAAAACAAAGACAAGAAUGGCAAGAAAAGUGGCAAGAACAAGAAAAGCUUUAAAGAAAGAUGUUGCUUACUGUGAUGCUUUGGAACUGUAAAUAUUUAUCUACAGGUGGCAUAGAUAAAAUACCACUAAGGAUAUAGGGCUGGAUUCAUGAAAGGAAGUCUGUAUUGACUCCCUUAUCUUUGGCUUUGCAUAUCACACCUUCAAAAUGUGAAAACAACUUUGCAACCAUUUCUGAUAUCCAACAAAACCUUUGCCUAUUUAAACUGAAAUGGGCUCCAUCUUCCAACUUUCAAAACUAGAAGCAAUUUCAGAACUACAAUCCUUCUGCUUGGUUACACAAUGUAUUUUUGUAUUAAUGUUUCUCUUGAACCUCUACUGGCCUUAACAAGCACAGCUGUUCAGGUUCAAACACUUUUUCCUGCUGUUGCUGCCCUCCUUGAUGGUACAAACUGCAGAAAGGCUAGAUGACACCUGGUAAAGGGUUUGAGUCUCCAUCUUCUCUUGGUUGUCACUGAUAUUUCUUACACUGAAAUCUGCUGACCUCCUCCCCACACUCCAUGUAAGAAAUAGCAACUGACAGUUGAGAGUCAACUUAAAACAAACUUUCUUCUGUGUUCUGUUUAGUCAAUACAGCAUUCAUGAAUCAAGCCUAUGGACUCAAUUCAGACUUAUUUAGGCAAUGCAAAAAUUGAUAUUUGAAUACAGGCCAGAUGCAUUCCCUGCUGGGGUCUGUCUUCUCAUCCUUAAAUUAGUGGUAUGGGGUGAGAAAAUGACUGUAAGCCUUUCUUCAAAAGGAAUAGUAUUAUCACUAUCUCCUUGAAAUGCUGUCCUGGGUUUCUUCCAUGUAUUGUGUCUCAACUCAAUUACACUCUACAUCUGUCAUCCUUCCCUUCCCUUGUACUGGAAUAGUGGAAUAGGUGUUGAUUUAAUCAGUUAUGUUUAUAUUGGAACACUUGUGAUGAUAAUGUUGGAAAGUGAGAACAUCUGCAUCUGUCUCUUGUCUUGCUGAAGAUGAAAAUGUUGAGUAAGGGUGGGUCCCAUCACACAUUCAUGACUUGGAAUAGGUGAGGCAUAUAUGCUACCUCUCAAUGAUUAGCUGGCUAGUGAGCUGUACGGUGUCAAAAAGCAAACGAAGUUAAGCAGUUGCCACAUCUAUUACUCACUGUUAAUUUUAUAUGUACUGUUUCUGAUGCACAGCAACCUAGCACAUGUUGAGUUUUGCUGUCAGUUAUGCAAUGGUGGUCAUGUCUGUUCAACAAAAACAGUCUAGAAAUCAGUACUUAGCAUGUUCUGUUGUCAGCUGACUGAAAUGAACUUUCUGAUUCAGUUUAAAUUAAGUGCAGUUGCCAAAAAUCACUUCUGUCACCGUGGAAAAGAGCUCUCUUCUGGCUGUGGAGUUACCCAAUGAAUUAUGGCUUUCUGCCUCUAAGGAGUAGAGAAACCUGAAGAGUAACUGUAUCUUGUGUGUAACUGGAUUCUUAAAACACAGUUGCUUGGUGAAAGUAAUCUAGGUGGUUGUUCAAUGAAGCUCACUGCAGCACUAGAUUAACAAAUGGUGUUUCUUCCUGAGGUGAAGGAGUCGUGAAUACUGUUCAGCACUUAAGUGUUGUAAUUUGAGGUUGAAAAAUAUUUUUAACAUGUACUAGAUUGCUUUUGUGCAUUCCAUCUCUGAACAUUGAAAAAAGUAAGAUGUGAUCUAUAUCAGAACCUCUGUUGGCCUGAGGUUUCACAGGGAUUUACCACGAACUCAUUGUCUUCCAUAACUAGCUCAUCUUGUCAGGCAACUCAUUGGAUUGGGGAAACUGUACUAAAUAAAAGGUGCUGUAAUCUUCA